UGUAGCAUUUCUAUUGUUAAAAAAAAUGUAUAUAUCCAGAAAAUUUACGGAUGGACAGAAAUCUGACAACUUGAGGACACCGUUCUCCAUUGACUGCAAGCUUAACAUUUCCAUCUUGUCCGAGCUCCACCAUCUUUGGUACGCUCGUCAAUAAAGACGUCACACAAUGCGACAGUUGUGAAGCGCCAGGGAAAUUUAAAAUUGUCCUAAGAAGUAUUUCGCCAGUUUAGAGUUCAUAUCUGAAAAGAUGUUGACGAAAGCGCCAAGGAAAAACCUGAAAUCUCUAAUGAAGAAGAAAGCUCAUUUAAAAAUCGGUACAAAUGCAGAUUUAAUGGUGCAGCUGAGUGUGAUGAUGUUUCUGCAUCGCCUUGCAGAGGAAUCGAGGGCCAAAGCCUUUGAGGAGAAGAGCGCCACCAUCAAACCACAACACAUAAAAGAUGUUUCUAAGAAAUUGCUGAAGGGAGCCAGAGGAUGAAGAGAAAGAGAUGAAAUUGUGAAGACCGCUUACUUUUUUUGGUUUAUUUAGAUUUUAAUUUGUGUGUUUUUUGACUUGUGUCAUUCCCUUUUUUUAUUUAUUUAUUUUUCUUUCUCUUGAAUGGGUUAGAUUUGGGGUGGGAUUUGGAUGGAGCUGCUAGUGGGGUGGGGGGGUAGGUUGUUCAUGUGUUUAACUUUGUGAAAAUGCAUUUGAAAAGCUCAAACAUUUGUCUCCUGUAAGCAAACUGUGUGAAAAUAUCUGGAAACAACCUUGGGUGACACUUAGUGGUGUUAAAAAAACAUUGUUUUGGCAUGGUGAAAUUUUACUCAAGGAAACAUUUCUUUUGGAUUUGAAUUUGUGGAAAUUUCUCCAUUCACCAUUUGGUAUUUUGUUGUUAAAGAUUAUUGUUCUAAUUCUUAUAAAUAAUAAAUUAUAGUUUUUAUUGUUAUUAAAGUAUAUUAUCAUCCCUCA